CCCAAUUCGCGGAAAGGCGGAGCAGUCGUUGGCGUCGUUCCGAUGCUGGCAUAGAAAUGCGUCCACAAGAUCUGCUUCUCCAAGUGCUUCUCGCUUUGUUCAUGGCCCUGGCAGCGACAACCACGCUUUCCGAGGCGUUCGGACCGCCUCUCCUCCGCCGCCAUCUCUCUGCCAGGAGGCGUCAUCUUUCAAAUGUGCAUGCUAAUGGAGGCCCGGAACAUGUCGAGGUGAGUGCACGCUGAUCUGCUUACCGGUGAUUUCUGACAGACAAACAGACUGUUUUGCUUGCAGAAUCCGAUGGUGCUGGCAAACACGGAGAGGCAGGUAUCGCUGAAUCAACGCGAUCUGCGUCUUUCUCCCUCUUCUGCAUGAUGUUGUCCCCAGGGUGUUGGCUUGCUCAACAUUCCUUCAGAUUUUUAUGGUACGAACGCCUGGAUGAAUCACUCAGACACACAUCACAUGGCGUGCGUUGCGUGUCAUGAUUGGUCAGACGAGGGAUUCCGCCUGGCAUUCUGCACCCACAACAGCAGAUACCCUAUCGGCGUGGCCAUCAACAAGGCCACCAACACGCGAGAUUUAAGUGGAGCGACACACACACACACAUGCACGACACGCGCCUGCCAGCAUGUCAUGCGAGUGGAUCUUGUCCACACCCAGCACAUCCCUGCUCUGUGUGUGCGUGUCGCUCCAUGACUGGUGCAGUUUUCUCGCUAUAUGACUUCGGCGUUCAAAGUCGGGUCAGGUGCAAAGGCGAGGUGUGCGCGUCAUGCUUCGAGUGGGCGGAGAAAUACGGUGAUCUGAAGACGGAGGAAGAACUGCUCAAGAUCUUGAGGGAGGAACAUCGAGAAAUGGGCUAUGGGGGAGAGGAUUUCAUGAGGAGCCAUCCAAACACUUCUCUGCGUAUUCCCACGCAACUUGACCGGGUUGUGCCCUGUGAAUGCACACCGGACCUCACGCAGAUGCCCAGUGAGGUAAUCACCCAGGCUGCCGGAGACCGAAGGCGCACGAGGCUCUUUCGUUUUGCGUGUCCUGUUGAUGAACAGGUGAUCCGUGAGAUGGUUGACCAGAUGCUGAUGAUUCAAUCAACAGAAUUCCCCAACGAUGAGGAAGUGAGAGUGUUGGUGUUGGGCGUAGGUGGGUUAAUGCGAGCAUCCAUCCUCAAACAGAAAGAGUGGAUUUGCACCCGAUUGGGUUUCUAUGCAGGCGGGGGCCAGAUGCUUCUGUAUGCACAAGACAGACUGACCAAUCCACGGACGUCGACUGUCCUCGUGGAGGGGGUAGACUUCGGUAUGACACAACACAGCUCACAGAGGUCAGCCGUCUGUCAUGAAUGGCCACAUGUCAUCUGCAUUUCAGACCCGUGUGUCAUCCGCGUGGCGGAGCUCUUCUUUGGAUUCAAGAGGUCAGCUUCAUCUGCAAAUCAGAUGUCCCUCUCUCUAUCGCUGUACACUGGUUAUGUGUGUUCACGCAGGAGUGACACGCUGCAUGUCGAGAUAGGUGAUGCAUUUCAGGCGCUGGAGCGGCGAAGGCGUCUAUACCAAGAUGUGUGUGCCCUUGACCCUGUGACGGGGCUUGGGGUUGGCCCAUACCACUUUAUAUGUGUCGGUAGGCGACAGAGGGAGAUACAAAUGCCUUCAUUGACGGUUCCUCCAUUCCCUGCUGGUCCAGAUUGUUUCGCCAACAACAUCAGUCUUCCCGCGGAGUGUCGCUCCGUGUCUUUCCUUCGGGGAAUGAAGAGCCUACUUAAGCCAGGCGGUGCAGUGCUGCUAAACAUUUGGGCGUGGAUUCCUUCCUUCACCCAUGUCGAUGCCUACUCACCCACCGUGGAACGGGUAAGAAAUAUGGGAGUGCAGCACAUGUCAAUCGGCGGAUAUUGAAGGGAGUUUUCCAAAGUUCUAUCCCAUGUAUGAUGGAUGCAGGAGUUUCGCGAGACGUUGGACGCUUACAAGCGAGUGUUCGGCGAUGAGCAGACCACGUGCCGACCAGUUCAGCUUAAUUAUGCAAAUCAUGUCAUCUGUGCACGGAGGGCCGUGUGAGGGGGAUGUUGUGGGUGGUUUUGAGGAAGCGAUGCAGUGCUGUGCUGUAGAAGAUAGACGAGAGAGACGACGUGGGCUCGUGCCGACCGUUAGAUGGCAGACCUACGUGCGAAUGAGAGCAAAUGGUGUGGGAGUGGAUGUGCUCGUUGAUUACUGGUGCCGACCUGAGUGUGAUGAGCACCAAGAUGCUUGAAAAGCUGCUCAGAUGAUUUGUGUGUUGUGAUUGUUGAUGUCUCUGAUGUUGAUGUCUCUGAUGCCGCAAACACAUUUCCUCAUCGCAAUGCUGCACCUCUCAGCAGUGAGUUAAUCAUCG